AUGGCCAAUUUUUGCAAGGAGCGAAAUGCAAUCGUGAAGACAGCAAACAAGAUAUCAACUCUUUGCGCCUCAAAUGUUCUUAACGAUCAUGUGUUUAAACAUUUGCGGUCAUAUGUCUGCUUCAAUCGGAUAAAGUUCUAUUCAGUGGCGGAGCAACUGACAGUAUUGUUUCAGACUUUAUCGUGUUUGCUUCUACUGCUGCUCUCCUCCUCCUUCUCGCAAUGCCAAGCGCAGCAGCAGCAGCUAUCCCCUACAUUUUACGACAACACAUGCCCUAAUGCUCUAAACAUCAUUCGCGAUGCCGUAAGGCAAGCCGUGUCCCGUUGCGACGCUUCCAUCUUACUGGACGAGUCACCAACCAUUAAGAGCGAAAAGACGGCGUUGCCAAACCAUGCCUCUGCCAGGGGUUACGACGUGAUAGAGGCUGCCAAGCGCGAGCUAGAGAAGCUUGUCCUGGUAUUGUAUCUUGUGCUGAUGUAUUGUCGGUGGCUGCACGUGAUGCCACUGUUGCUGCGGGAGGUCCGUCUUGGACACUUCGCUACCAAAGGCCUUAACACAAGAGACAUGGUUGCCUUGUCUGGUGCACACACUCUCGGCCAAGCUCAAUGCUUCCUAUUUCGCGAUAGAAUUUACGGCAACCGUACUGACAUUGAUGCCGGUUUUGCUAGCACUAGAAGACGCAAAUGUCCAAAGGACACCGGAAAUGGGAAUUGGCACCCCUUGAUUUAG